AAAUUAAUAAAAAAAAUGCUACCGUGGAGAGCGAAGUAAUCAUUCAAAUAAACCACAUAAGAAAUCAACAUUUUAUUUUGAUUUCAGCUUCAAAAAUGUGGUUGUAGAUUUAUUGAUCCUCGAUUAUGAAAUUAGGGCUUUUUCUCAAAUUCGAUCAAAUUUUUUUAGGAGUCAUUGAGAAGCAGUGGAAAAGGCGAGGCGAUGGAAACUGAGAAUGACGAUUCACAUAUAUUGAAAUUUGAGAAUCUAAUGAUACUACUUGAAAGUUCUUUUCCAUCCUUGCGCGUCCACAAGAGGGAAAUUGAAAGACAGUUCAGCAAGCUCAUGCACACCCCUGAUCAUCCUCCAUAUGCUUCUAUGAUACAAAGGGCAAUCAGAGAGCUGAAUAAGUUGGGUGGUUCAAGUGAGGAAACAAUAUCAAAGUUUAUCAAGAGAGAGUAUGAAGAUCUGCCCUUUUCACAUGCAAGCCUAUUGAGUCAUCACCUACAGAAGCUUGUGAAGAAAGGAGACAUUUAUUGUACCUCUGUAAACUCUUAUAUACUUACAAAUGAGAGUUCUGAUUUUAGUUAUAUGUUGAAGAAGGAACAGAAACAUUUGAGAAGGAGGUGUCAGAAGGGCAGGCAAAAUGGCAGGCAGCAUAAGGUCAAAAGAGUUAAAUCACGGAAACAGAAAAAAUUUGAAGAAAGUCGGGAGAAGACUCAAGUAAAUGGGACAAUAGGUAAAGAACUUGAAGAACAAAAGCCAGCAGAAGAACAUAUUGGACCAACUGGAGAACAAGAAAACGAAGGAUAUGCUGAAUUAAUUGAAAAACCCAAUGAGAUGGAAGAAAUACAAUUUAAAGUGAAUGAAAAUCAAGUUGAGGCUAAACAAUACACUGAAGGAAAUGAAGAACAUAAACCAAAGCAGGACCAGCAGAAACAACAGCAAAAAGAGACGGAUUUACCGCAAAUUGAAGUCAUAGGAGAAACAAGUGAAGUGUUUGUAGAUGAGAAUAAUAACGCUGCAGAUAAUAAUCAUGCUGAAAAUCAUAAUGGAGUAGCUGAAGUAGAACAGAAAGAACAGGAUAAAGAAGUGAUGGAGGAACAACAAAUUCAAGUGCCAGCAGAAGGAUAUAUUGGACCAUCUGGAAAACCAGAAAAUGAAGGGUCUGCUGAAUUGAUUGAAGAACAUAGGGAGUUCAAAGAAAUACAAUCUAAAGUGAAUGAAGAACAAGUUGAAGCUGAACAAUGCAAUGAAGGGAAUGAAGAACAUAAUCAAAAGCAAGAGCGGCAGAAAAAACUGCAAAGAGAAAUGGAUUUACUGCAAAUUCAAGUGCUGGGCAAAACAAGUGAAGUAUUGGUAGAAAAGAACAACCAAGCUGAAGGAAAGAAUCAGGCUGAAAAUUAUACUGGAGUGGCUGAAGCAGAGCAUUUUAAGGAACUAUAUAAAGGAAAAUUGGAAGAACAGUGUCAUGAAGAACAGAAAAAUGAGAAGCUUGAAAAGAAAAAUAAAAUACAAGAUAAAAAAGGUGAAGCUAGCGAAGAGCAAGUCCAGUUACCAGAAAUACAAAUUGAAGGAAUGGUGGAACUAUUUAAUCCACAGCAACAAUUUAAAGUGACUGAAGAGGAGAAGAGGCUACAAUCGGAAGUUUGUUGCCAGAUCAUUGAUCUUAGCAAUAUGUUUGUGCAAUUUCUCAAGAAAGAGAAGGAAGAGCAUGCCAGUAUGAGCGGUCAAAAUGAUGCCACUAGUCAAAACGUGAGCCUUUUAAGUUCAUUACAUUUAUCAAAGACAGAGCUGCAUCAAUUGUUGAAGAAGACUAACAAGGUAAGAGGGAAGCUGAUGGAUUCUUUAAAACUGAAAGUGUCACAGAAUAAUGAAUCAUAUCCUAAAACGGAGUUGCUAGAGGAGCAUGUGCUGCACUUGAAACCUUGCAAGGGACAACCACAAGAGGAGCAGCAGCUGGAGGCUUUUUCUAAAUUGAAGGUUUCAGAACACCAGCCAAAAGCAACUCCAGCUUCAGAGGAUGUAACUGAACUUCCUACUCACAAAAGAAUGCCAGAAGUUGAAAUAACAACUUUAGAGGAGCUGUUUUACAAGCAAAACAAACAAAUAAACGUAACUCAAAAAAAUGCACCUAAAUCUCAACCUAUAUUGACCACAACUGCUUUGGAUGUACCUUUUGAUUCAUCAUGUCGCAAGAAUGAAAACAAACACAUGGCUAAUAAAAGGACAAAAACAGUGCCAGAAGACAAUUCCUUUACUACCGAAUUAUACAAGAAGUUUAGCGGAGAUGCCAAAGCAUUCAUGCCAAAAAUAGGAGAAUCUUAUAUGGAACUUAGCUUGGAGCAUCAGCAGCAAACUACUUAUGGUAAUGAGGUUGAAGGACUUGAAUAUAAGCAUCCACCAGAAAAUUCAAUUGAGGAAAAUCUUUCAGAGCAUGAAAUAACAGCAGUGGAGAAGCAAUUUCAACCACAGCAGCAAAUGCCAUCAAAUUCUCAACUAGCCGCAGAUACUUUAGUUGUAAAACGGUUGCAGAAGCAACAUCAGCAGACAGGACCAACGCCAUCCGAACGUGACCCAGUUCUUAUGACUAUUGAGUCUAAUCAUGAUUCGACCCUUGGUUCGCUGAAAAAGUUGAAGCAAAAGUCAAUCUCUUCAACUAUCGCUUCUGUUCAGCAGGCAAACGAUCAGCUGCAGCAGAGACAAUUUUCUCCUCAAGGCCAGGGUCGUUCCCAGACUGCAAUUAAGCAGAAAACCAGAGAACUAUAUCCCGUAAAGCUUCAGAAGCAAGGAAAUGAGCAGCAAAAGUCUCGAGGCAGAGGGAGACCUCCUAAAUUGAAGAUGAAUGAGGAUGCCAAUUUGGUUGGAUCAUUGGUCAUAGGUCAUCAGAAUCACAAUGAGGAGCAGCCAAAGCGUAGACAGCGAGGAAGGCCUCCAAAACCAAGAUUAUCUACAGGAAUGGAUGCAUCAUUGGCUCCACAGCAUCCAUGUAAGACAAAAACAAAAGCAGCAGCUAAAGAGUUGAAGGCAAGGAUGUGCUGAGCUAAUAGGGAAGCAGUUCUUAGCUGCAGCUUCAACUCUGAAAGCAUAACAUUUCCUUAAGGGCAUGGUAGCAGUAAAAUUUAUUUUCUAGAUUCAACUGCAGAAUAAAGAGUCAUUAUCAUGUUUUAUUUGUAAGUUUAAGAGUUGGUUCUAUUUCUUUGUUUAUGGGUUCUUGGAGAUUUAUUUGUGGUGAAGACCGAAUUGUUAUUGCCUAGAAGAAUGACUGAGAGAAUUUUUGUUCCUUAA